AUGGCGACCAAUUUUACUCGCGAGACACCCGACCUGGGUAAACCCCAAUUAGCGUCUCACGCAUGGCUGGAGCCGAUUGUGGUGGUGGGGAUUAUGGUGGGAUCGUUGAUUGUGAAUCGCCGCCGAGACUCCAGUAAAAGUGCCAAUGAAGAGCAAGCCCGGUUUGGAGACUACGCUCUCUUGGAAGAGGGCGAUGCUCAACUCGCCAGCGAGCUUCAUGCCAAAUCGGAGACUGUAUUCGGGCUCCGCAUCAAGACGCCAGACUCGUCACGCUGGGCGCACUAUUAUCACAGCAGAAUCUUGCAGAAACUGCCCUUUUUGGUCGAGAUGUUCUACUGGAUCAUGAAUUAUCUGUUCUAUUCCGUGACCAAAGGAGUAGCACAGUGGCUCUCCCCGGCCCAGAUAGGAGUCGUCCAAGUGGCGCGAGACCACGCCAUUGACAUCCUCAAUUUUGAACAUAACACCGCGUCCUGGGUCUUCCCUAUCCAGGAAUCGGAUUUCCAGUCCUUUUUCAUUCAAAAUCAUCCCUCCAUUCUGACCAUGUUCAACCGGAUUUAUUCAUUAAUUCAUAUUCCCGGAACAGUGUUAUUCCUCUCCUGGUAUUACUAUGUUGCCAAGGACCAUGCAUCUUUUGCCCUGGCCCGCCGGACCAUGACUCUGGGGAAUCUUGCGGCCUUCUUGGUAUUCUGCUUCUACCCAUGCAUGCCGCCACGAUUGCUCCCGGACUCGUACGGAUUCUACGACACCGUCCGACAAGGCAACGCGGAAAGCAUCUGGGUCGGCGGAAAGUCCGUGAAUCAAUUUGCAGCCAUGCCGAGUCUUCACUUCACCUAUGCCUUUGUGAUCGGCUGCACCUUUCUGCACUACUCUGGAGUACUGCAGAGACUCCGGGGACAGUCAACGCAGACGUCAUCUCUGACCCAAUUUGGCUUUUUGGCACUCGCUAUCUGCUAUCCAAUCUUGGUCCUCAGCGUCAUUGUCGCCACCGCCAAUCACUACUGGCUCGAUGCUGUGGUGGCCAUCUUUACGGUGACCCUGUCCUUCUACUGCAAUAGGAUUCUUAUCUUGUUACUUCCGCUCGAGUAUGCGUUUUGUUGGUGCUUGCGACUCGCAAAGCCUGUGCCUACCACGGGUGAUCGGGCCUGCAGGAAACGAGCUUUGCAGGUACCUCGAUAG